CGGGGCGGCGGCGUGUACUGCCGUGGGUUUGCCCGCUCCGCUGGCUCGCGGCCGGUCUCCGCCGCCGCCAUGCCUAUGAAGGGCCGCUUCCCGAUCCGCCGCACCCUGCAGUACCUGGGCCAGGGGGACGUGGUGUUCAAGGACGUGGUGAAGGUCAUGACGGUGAACUAUAACACGCACGGGAAGCUGGGCGAGGGCGCCAGGAAAUUUGUGUUUUUCAACAUACCUCAGAUCCAGUACAAAAACCCUUGGGUGCAGAUCAUGAUGUUUAAGAACAUGACACCAUCACCCUUCCUGCGGUUCUACCUAGGUGAAACCACCACCAGCCCCAGUCUUGAAGGAGUGGCCUGUGAAGAUGCCAUGGAUUGUCCAAGCCGCCUGUUAAGGAGUUUUUACAGCUCCCAGUACUUGAGGGUGUGUGGUGGCCUGUCAGUCUCCCAAAGGGGAGGACCUCUGGUGGUAUCCAGACUUUCAGUCAGGGUGGUUGGAAGACAGAUUCCCAGGCAGCAGCUUUCACAGUACGUACAUAGAAACAGUCCCACGGAACCACAGUGUAAGGCUGGUGGCCACCAGUCUUUCUAGGAGACACUGGCAAGCUGGGGCGAGGCAGAGGGAGAGCGUGGUGGCCUCCACCCACUGGCAUUCCCAGCAUUGCAGGCUCCUCCCCGCGUGCUGGGCCUGAAGCCUGCGCCUCAGCCUGAGGCUCAGGACCAGCACGUGGGCCUCUCUCACAAAGUGGGGGGUGUUUCAGCCGCUGUCUGCAGUGCCCUGGGGUGGCCACCUGCCAGGAACUUUCUCUCCCAUUGGUAGAACCUGGCGAUAUCCAGGAGCCCAAGCCCCCUGCCCACCAGGGCCAGGCGAUCAAGGAGAGCCCCCUGGGCAGCAGCCACAAACACUAAUGCAAAAAUGGCACCUGCUGGCUGUUGGGAGGCAAAGAGGGCAUGAAGGUGGGGCUGGUGGGGGUGGCUUACAAUUUAAAAAAUGGCACUUGCUGGAGGGAGUGGAUAAGCUGCCUAUUGGUCUGCAUUCCCAGCUCAGUAUUAAAUUAGAUGCUUGCCUCUCAGGCCAAUACUUUGAUAUAAGCAAAUGAGCCUCCUUCACUUGAAGUCCCCCCAUUAGCUGCCUCUGAGCUGCCCUCAGGGCUGGCCUCCUGGGUCUCCUGGGCAGGAGCCCUGUUGGCUCAGUUAGAAGUGUUACCGGCUGGACCACCUGUGUUUCCAUGAGUCUGUCUCCUCGAAGAAAGAAUUGAAGAGACCAGAAAGCAAGAAAAAGCAGAGAGGAAUUUGUUGGGUUAAAGGGGGAAAGUACACGGAGACAGAAGAGCGAACUGUCUGGAAACCAGCAGCUGCUACCUACGUUUUAUGAGUUUUAUGGCUUCAUGUCUUAUAUUUAUAGAUGCUUAGUCCACUUAAGACUGUUUUAUGUGUCAUGUAAUAUAGUGGUCUGGUUUCACUGCCUUGCUUGUGGCUUGCUUUUCCCAGCACCAGUUAUUGCAGAGACUCCCUCACUGCAUAUGCUCAGCUUUGUUCUUUCUCAGGAUGGCUUUGACUAUUCGGGUUUCUUUGUGGUUCCUUGUAAAUUUUAGGAUUAUCUGCUCUAGUUCAUUGAAAAUUCCUUUGGUAUUUUGUUGGGGAUUGCAUUGAAUCUGUAAAUUGCAAUCUGUAAAUAGCCACUUUUUUGGGGUCAAAUAUUUGUUGAAAUAUUUUGUUUUUUAGUUGGAAUGUGUGUUAAUGAGUUGUGAGAGUUCUUUAUGUAGUUGGGAUACAAGACUUCUCAGAUACAUGCAUCAUCAUUUGGUGUCUUGAAGCACAAAAACAAUGUUGAUGGAUUUUAUCAAAUUUGUAUUUCAUGGAUAUUUUUGAUAUGACUUCUAAAUAUCUUUGCCUAGGUAAACUUACGAAGAUUUUCUAUGUUCUCACCUAAAAGUUUUAGCUCUUACAUUUAGGUCUCUGAUCCACUUUGAAGUUUUUUUUUUUAAUGUUGCAAGUUCAGGGUCUAAACUCAUUUGCAUGUGGGUGUCCGCUUGUUCCAGCACCAUUUGUUGUAAACUGUUUUUCCCUCAUUGAAUUGUCUUGGAAUCUUUGCUGAAAAUAAGUUGACCAUAAGUAUAAGAGUUUAUUUCUGGACUCAGUUCUGUUCCAUUACACUUUUGUCUUUUCUUAUGCCAGUACCACCUGGUCUUCGUUACUGUCAAUUAUAGUAAAUUUGAAAUUGGAAAGUGAACACCCUUGCAUUUUCUUGCUUUCUAAAUUUUUUUGUGGUUGUUUUGGGUCCUUUGCAUGAAUGUUAGGCACAGCUGGCAGUUUUUACAAAAACACCUAGGAUUUUGAUAGGGAUUGCAUUGAACCCAUACACCAGUUUGGGGGAGAAUUGGUAUCUUUAACAACAUUGACUCUAUCCAUGAACAUGGAAUUUCUUUCCAAUAAAAUAGUAUGUUUUGUACUUAUGUAAAACUUGUCUGCUCAUGUUUGAAGAAAUACGGAAAAAGGAAGGGUAACAUUAUGAAUUAUGUAGACAGACAUAUUUAUCAUUAAAAUGUUUCUCCACUAAAAGCAAAUUCCAAAUCACUACCAUUUGAGGCUGAGGAGUGCACUGAGAAGUGCAAAUUCUCAGCUUUUCUUCUUUCUUUUGCUUCCUGUUUCCAGAUUCUGGGGAGCAAGUUCUUGUGGAUGUGGAGACCAAGAGCAAUAAGGAGAUUAUGGAGCACAUCAAAAAAAUCUUGGGGAAGAAUGAG